AUGUCUCAUUCUCAAGAUUUUCAACCAAUUUUUGAAUCAAAUAAUAAUCAAAAUAAUCAAAAUACCAAUUUCUUUAAUAAUAAUAAUUCUCCAGAUUAUGAUAAUAUAUCACCAUUAUUAUCCGAUACUUUUAGUUUUUUGAAUGACGAAAUUUUUUUCAAUAAUUAUCAAUUUAAUUUUAAAUCAAAUCAAAUUAAUAAUAUAUCUGAUACAAAUUCAGAUGUAUCAAGUUCAAAUUCAAUAAAUAAUUAUUAUUUCACUACUCCUCAUUCAAAUACUUCAUCAGUUUCAUCAGCUAGUUCAUCAAAUAAUUAUCAAAUAACUCCUAAAAUUCAACAAUCAUCACAAUUUAGUAAUAACAACAACAACAACAACAACAACAACAACAACAACAACAACAAUAAUAAUCAGACGAGAAAUAAUUCAAUUAAUGCAAUUGAUUUAACUUCAUUAACUUUAAAAACUCCAACUACUACCACCAAUAAUACUAGUUCUUCUUCUACUGUUGCUUCGGAAUUAAUUAAUUUAACUCAACCGGAUUUUGAUCUAUCUCCAACAAAUAUAGUAAAUAAUAAAAAUAAGUUUGAAAAUAACGAAAAUAAAGUAUGGAUUAAUGAUAUUGAAGGUAGUACAAUUAAUCCACAACAAUUGAUAAAUCCAAAAUUAUCUACAAGUUUCAGUUCACCUAGUUUAACUACUUUAUUAAAACAGCAACAACAACAAAUACAACCAAAACAACCACCACCAAUAGUUUCAACUCACGAAAGACCAAACAAUAAACAUAAUAGAUCAAUAUCACAUCCACAUUUUUGUUUCAAUGUAGAAUUACCAAAUGAUUUAAAUCAAUUAUUUGAACAACAACAACAACAACAACAGACACACACACAACCAUUAUUACCUAAAAAUAAAUCAAGAUCAUAUUCAUAUACGAAUGGAAUGACAAAUAAUAAUCCGCAAUUGAAUUCUCCAAUUUUGAUCCAGACUGGUAACACUGGGUUUGAACAAAUUGAAGAAAAAGUACCCAAAAAGAGAAGAAAAUCAUCAGCAGCAACAACAACUACAACAACAACAACAAAUACAACUCAGAAAUCAAGUACUACAGGUAAUGCAGCUAAAUCACCAACGAUUUCUCCAACAAGUUCAAAUUCAAAUCAACAAUCUUCAUUUCCAUGUUCAGAUUGCGAAAAACAAUUUAAAAGAUCAGAACAUCUCAAAAGACAUUAUAGAAGUGUUCAUUCUACAAUACGACCUUUUCAUUGUAAAUAUUGUGACAAGAAAUUUUCAAGAAGUGAUAAUUUAGCACAACAUUUAAAAACUCAUUAUAAAGUAGAUUCUCAAGGUCGAAAGACUAUAAUUUAUGGAAAUGUAAGUAAUCAUAAUCGAAAAAAUAAAAAAAAUAAAGAAAAUGAAAAUAAACAACAACAAAACAAGGGAAAAGAAAAUAUUAAUGGUGUUUUAAAUGGUGGUGUUAAUCCUAGUUGA